AUGCAAAGAAAAAGACGUUGUGCAUUUGAUUCAGAUAGUCUGGAGGAAUAUAUUUAAGUAGAAAAUAUUUAAAAAUGAAGCUGGCAACUAUUGGAUAGAAUUAAACUAACCUAUUCUAUGAUGAUAAAAAACUAAAAUGGUUAAAAGGGAGAAAAUAAGUUGAUGAUGAAGAAGAAAUACCAAAAGACAUUGAAGGAUUUGAACAUAACUAUAGCUCCCCAAAGAUGGAUUAUAUUGAUACUUCUGAAUUACCUCCUGAUAUAGUUUUGAAAUCAGGAGAUGACAUAUUUAGUCAUCAUAUAAUGAUUUUGGGAGAUAUUAAUGAAUAUGUGAAAUAAUCAUUGACAAUAUUUUGCAUGCAGAGCCGAAAAAAUAGUAAUGAGGAUUUUAAUGAAGAAUUAAUAUCCCCAAUCAAAAGGUAUUAUUAUUAUGUCAUGAACUAAGCAAACUUUGCUUGGAUUUAGCCAUAAAGAGAAUUUAAGAAAAAAACGGAGUCCAUAUAGUUAAGUUUCUUAUGCAUGACAUGACAAUAUAGAAUUAUGGUCCAAUAAUUAAUGGUAUGAUGAUUUGUAAAUGAUAGUUUACUUUCUAUAAACUUCGAAUUACAUACUAAUUUUAAAUAUCGAUUAAAAUGAAUCAUAUGCUUAGAAAGAAUAGGAUAUGAUAGAAUCAAUCAAAUAGAAAGCUGCUGUAGUUAAGAACAUUUACAUUUUGUACUUUACCGAAUGUGAUGUACAGGAUUAAAGAAUACCUAACAAGUAUUAUUGCAAUUAAUGGAAUAUAAGUGUGAUUCUUUCAUAAGUAUACAAUAUAAAUUUAAAACUAAGAUCAUAGACCAAGUAAUUAAUUAAUGA